AUGAAUCAGCCUGCACAUAGAGAAUGGAUGUAUAAUAGGGUUCUACCUAAUCGAGCGGGGCUUUCAGAUGCUUUUUAUGUGGGUGUUGAAACUUUUAUUUCACAUGCUUGUGGAUUAGAUCAAUUUCUGAAGACGAGAACAAUUAGAUGCCCAUGUGUGAAGUGUGAUUGUAGAAAAAUGCAAACCGCAGAUGAGGUGAGGGUUCAUUUAUAUAGGAAAGGGUUUAGGCCGAAUUAUUUUUACUGGACGUCACAUGGAGAAGAAUUUCCUCAACCAACUCCUGUAACAGUUCAACAACAAUCGAUUCCAAAUUUGGAUCAAGAACAAACUGUGUAUGAAGAAAACUUUAAUUCUUACGAGUCAAUGGUAAUGGAUGCUGCCGGUCCAAGUCUUGCUCAGUGCUACCAGGAAAGUAGAGAUGAGACACCUAAUAAAGAGACCCAAGAUUUCUAUGACCUUUUGGCUGCAACAGAAUCUCCUUUGUUUGAGGGCUGCUCUAGUCACUCAGAGUUAUCAGCUUCACUACAAUUGCUUACAAUUAAGGCAGAGCAUAAUAUAUCUCAAGAAGCUUUUAAUAAAAUUGUACAGUUUUGUAGAGAAACUUGGCCCUCAGAUAAUCGCAUGCCACCAAAUUAUUACAGAACAAAAAAGUUGGUUGAAAGAUGUGGGGAAAAUCGAUAUAUAUUGAAGAAAAGCAGUUAUGGUAAGGUAAAUGAGGUUGCCAGAAACCGAAUGUGGUACUUGCCUCUUGCACCAAGGUUGCAAAGAUUGUAUUCUUCUCCUGCUACUGCUAGUCAUAUGAGAUGGCAUUUUGAUAAUGUUAGGGAAGAAGGUGUAUUGGUUCAUCCUUCUGAUGGAGAGGCGUGGAAAGAUUUUGAUAAAACACAUAAAGACUUUGCUAAAGAACCUCAAAAUGUCAGACUUGGUUUAUGUGCUGAUGGAUUUAGUCCAUUCAACAUUAAGGGUAAGCCUUAUUCAUGCUGGCCUGUAAUUGUCACUCCUUAUAACUUGCCUCCUUCAAUGUGUAUGAAAGAAGAAUAUUUGUUCUUGACUAUAAUCAUUCCUGGCCCUAAGCCUCCUCAUAAGGGAAAAAUAGAUGUCUUCUUGCAACCAUUGAUAAAUGAACUUAAAAUGCUAUGGGAAGUUGGUGUUACUACAUAUGAUGUCUCAUUAAAGCAAAACUUUCAAAUGAGGGCUGCGUUGAUGUGGACCGUUAAUGAUUUUCCAGCUUAUGCAAUGUUAUCAGCUUGGUCGACUGCUGGAAGCCUGGAAGAUUAUCUUGUCCUUAUUGUAUGGAACACUCCAAAGCCAAAUGGCUUAAGCAUGGUAAGAAGAUAUCAUUUUUUGAUUGUCACCGAUGCUUUUUGCCGACGGAUCAUCCAUAUCGAAGGAACAAGAACAAUUUUACUAAAAAUAAGCAAGAAUUUGAUCUGCCCCUGA